AUGAUUCAACUUUCCCCCCACUUCCCUUUGCUCUUCUUCAUUUACUGCUCCUGUGUUCUACAGAUCUCCUGCUCAGAAUUUCCUCAGCCUUUGUCUCAUCCUUCUGAUGGUUUGGACAUUGAGCAGCUUGAGAGGCUGGCAUUGUGUUUAAAUCAAUGGACUUCUCUGAGUAAACAACCGCAGGUUGCAGAUUUAGUUAUGGAAUUUUGUACCAGCAUAUUUCAAAAUAUGGAGGCAAAUAAGGCUAACCAGGAAGUAUACAAAAGGUUUUUAUUUCACUACUCCAGAGCUCCAGAGGCAACAUUUCCUGUUAAGCCCAGGGUCAGUAUUUGA